AUGAAAUAAUAAUCAAUAUUUGUCACAGUAGGUAGUACAAACUUUGAUGAAUUGAUAAAAACAAUUGAUAAUUAAGAAACUUAAAACUAAUUGAAAUAAUUGGGUUAUAAUAAAGUAGUAUGUUAAAUUGGAAGGUUUAUGAUUUAGAUAAAUAUUUUUAGUGGUAAUUAUGAACCUAAAACUGAGUUUUUUAGAUUUAAAUCAUCUUUAAGUGAAGACUAUCAAAAUGCAGAUUUAAUAAUUUGUCAUUGUGGUGCAGGUACAAUUUUAGAGUGCUUAAAAUUAAAAAAAAAAAUUAUUGUAAUUAAUAAUGACACAUUGAUGAAUAAUCAUUAAAUGGAAUUAUUUAAUGCAUUAACAAAAUAAUAAUUAGUAUGUGGAAUAAAAUCUACUAGAUAUAUAUAAAAUGAAGUAUAGAUAUUUUAUGUUAUAUUCAAGUUAAUUGAUAAAAUUAAAGAAUCUUCAUAAUUGAAAGCUUAUCCAUAACCAUAACCAAAUAAGAUUGAUAGUAUUAUUGAUUCAAUGUUUUGA